AUGAGGACAGACGGACUGAGUACAAUACUUCGGUUCAGUCAAAAGAAAUCAAAAUGGCUACAGACGAAGGGACGGAACAAAGACUCGAGGAAUAUCGACGGUCCAGGAAUUGCCCUUCAACGUAAUCACGUGAUUAGUAGCGAUUUAUCAACACCAGAAGCACUUUCACUAGCCGACAUUAAUAAGAACAAUGCCAUCUGCGGGCGUAUGCAUAGGCGCGAGCACCUCGAUCACACAUUCCCUGAGUUAUCACGUGUAUUAGAGACUGCAAAGCAGUUUAGUAAUUGUAACCGUUCGCUAAUGAGCUUGCUAUACGACAGCGAGCGAACAGCGAACCUUUCUCCGGCCAAGGACUGGCAAAUACCACGAUCUGACUGCGCUGGUACAGUAUGGAAGUGGGUAAUGGUACCGCUUGCGAAUACGUGUACACCACAGCAAGUGUAA